GCCCUCUGGUGAGUGGUGGUUGCAGCAUCGAUUCGAUGAAGCUCUGGGCCCCCCCCUGCCGUCAUUGAGACGUCUGUGAGCGGGAUGUAAGUAGGUAGGUAUUAGUGCCUAGUCCACGGUCGUUCGUCUUAGCUGCUUCAGUCUACUGCCAUUUACUUGGACGUGUGUCCCCCAAAUUCCCAGCUUUCUCCCUCUUUCUCUCUCUCGUAUUCUUCCUUUUUUGCAUCGGUUUUCUGUACUUUUCGGUCAAGGUUGCAUUUACGAAAGAUACCCUGCCGCAUAUCAAAUUGUGGCAUUUGGUGCGAAUACUCCCCCCCGUUGUCCAGGCCUUUGACGAUAGCUACGACACAAAACGCCAGCCAUGUCUUCGCUUUGGGGUUCGAGGAACAAGAAGGACGACGACCAGGAGGUUCGUGAUGGACCUGGUCCUCCGGAAGAGAGAGGAUCGAAUGAGUACGCGGCACGGGAACCCGACGAACACACUCGGCUCCUACCGAACCGGCUCGACAGCGACAACCGCCAGUAUUUGACGCCCGAUGACCCGGCGGUGUCGCCGUACAACCUGUGGACGGUGCGAUUGCUGCGAUGGGUGACUGUUCUCUUCACGACCCUCACUUUUACGUGGUGGACUCUGACUUUGGUUUCCUCCUUCGUUACGCCGCCUGGCAUGCAUACCCGCGGUUCCGGAUUUUACGCCUUCAGCUAUUCGAGUGUGGCACUGUUCACGCUUUUGUUUACUCUCGUGUUCUUUGCGGCUCCGUCCAAGGCUGUCCGGGUUCUGGCCAUCUUCAUGGCUCUCAUGCUACUUGUCAACAUGAUCCUUAUUGUUGCGGUGCAGAAGAACCGUUACGAAGAGGCCGGAGUGGGAGUUGCGAGCGUUGUCUGGGCAUUCGUCGUGAGCUUGUGGGCACUUGCCUGUGACCGAACUGUGAAAUGGGGCAAAGCUGAAGAGGAGGAGAGGCUCACUGGCCGCGUUGAGACGAGACGCACAGUCUGGGAGUGGACCGAGGUGCUCAUCUCAACGGUGGCCUAUAUCGUCCUGUCUCUGAUCAUCAUUCUUAUCACUGCCACUCUGAUUCUGCGAUCUCUUGAUGCCGGUUUCGGCCCGCCGGGCGAGCAGUACUGGGUCGAUGGCGACCAAUACCGCAUUCACGUCUACUGCGAUGGCAACGGCACCGAUGCCGCAGGCAACAAGCUGCCUACUGUUUUCUUCGAGGGAGGUGACUUGCCAGUCGAGAAUGGACUGUGGCAAUUUGCGCAAAACGCUCUGAAGAACGACUCCAUCUCAAGAUACUGCUUCGCUGACCGUCCGGGCUACGGAUGGAGCGAUACCGCCCCCAGCCCUCUGUCAGCAGGCAUGGCAACUGACGCCCUCAGCGAGGCUCUCGCACGAGCUGGUGAGAAGGGCCCUUGGAUCCUUGCCAGCGCUGGAAUUGGUUCCGUUUACUCUCAAAUCUUCUCCUCUCGACACGGCAGAGAAGUAAACGGCCUUCUUCUGAUCGACCCGCUUCACGAAGACCUUCUUCACCGGGUUUCGGACCCCGGCAGAGGCUUCUCCUACUGGCUUCGUGGCGUAUUCUCGCCUCUUGGAAUCGAACGUCUCCCAGGCGCCAUCUUCCGUGGACGCACUAGCGCAGACCGCGUCUGGGGUCGUUCAGCCAGACAGAGUGGAAAGUACCUGUUCUCAAAGUUGCAGGAGAGUCUCGUCGCCGAUUCGCUCACCAAGCGUGAGGUGAUUAGCAGUAAGGCCAUCCAGUACCCGAAUACCCCUCUGGUGGUCAUCAGCUCCGGCGUCAACAUUCGCAAGGACAGCGAAUGGGAGGACAAGCAGAGAGAUUUCAGCCAUCUGACGAGAAACCUGAAGCAUUGGGAUACGGUCGACGAUGCGCCUCACAACGUGUGGGAGACGUUGGAUGGACGUCAGAAGAUUGAGAAGAGACUCCGGCAAAUGGUCCAUGCGUGAACCUAUUGAUAACGGCGUGGCGGGCCUUGGCAUAUAGUUUGUUGGAUUGGGGCGAGUUUGAACGUUGUACCCGUACGGAGUUAUACAGAUACGGUCGGGUGGCCAUCCCUGAGUUGGGUUUAAUUGCGGUGCGAGCGACGGCUAGGAAAUGAAAUGAUGAAAGCGAUUUGAUUUUCGACAUACUUUGUGUUGUGGAGUUGAUGGUAAUUGUCUGCGUCGUGUCCGUGAAAAGAGAAGCAAAAAUGACUCGUAGGUAUCUUUGCUAAGGUGAAGAAGUGCCGGCUCCGCGUCGUCUUAGCGGCUCGAUGGGUGGCUUGCAUGACUUGCGAGGUUUCCGAAAUGCUUUAGCGUGAUGCCCUUCAUCGACCAAGUUGCUCGUUCCUCAGCAAUUUGUCUCGAAGAGAUGUCUCAUGAAGGAGGAGAAG